AGUGGAUGUGAGAAAAAGUUUGGAGGUCUCGCUGGAAUCACUUUUCUCCCACUAGUUUCACAUUUGUUCACGUUUUUUUUUCCCACUCGAGAAGACUUUUAGGUUAACGUUUGCAUCGGAAAUCGGUGUCCGACUGAGUAUUUUCCCGGCUGUGAUUUCUCCAGUUUAUUUUCCCUGUAGGAAUACGGAGAGAGAGAGGGAGAGAGAGAGGGAGGGAGGGAGAGAGAGAGAGAGAGAGAGAGAGAGGGGGGAAACGGUCUGGCUGCUUGAAGGUAUGUGGGAGGCAUGUAACGUGUUGUACGCUGUUGAGAUUGAUUUUUGUCAGCGAUCACUGCUUUAACUUGCGCUCUUUCGACUUCUUUACCCGACGAUUGAGCUUCGUUUCACAGCUGAUUAACUUCCGAGAUGUAACAGUUUGAAACAGACAAGGACACACACGUUCAAAUGGGGUGGGGGGUGGGGGGUGUUAAAGUGUAAACAAAUCCGAUCAUAUCUGCAGCACUCAGCCGCUUCUAGUAUUAACGAGUCUGACGUUUAUUUUCUGUUUGUUUGUGUGUUGUAACUUUUCGACAGAUUUGUUUCGACACCAAACUUUGGCGACAUGGACGCGCACCGCGGCGCGCCUCCGGUCGGGCAGCAGAUCGUGCACGUCCGCGGGGACUCGCAGACGGAGCUGGAGGCCCUCUUCAGCGCCGUGAUGAACCCCAGCAAGUCGGCCAGACAGCCGUCCUCUCUGCCCAUGAGGAUGAGGAAACUGCCGGACUCCUUCUUCAGGCAGCCGGAUUCUCGAGGCCACUCCAGACAAGCCAGUUCGGAUGGAGGUGUGUGUGGCUCCCUCACUCCUCAUCACGUCCGCGCCCAUUCCUCCCCUGCCUCCCUUCCAGUCAACUCACUCUCCACUCAAGCAGCUGAUGUAGCGGCAGCACCAAUCAUACCUGAUGACGUGCCACUCCCCCACGGUUGGGAAAUGGCCAAAACACCUACUGGCCAACGAUACUUCCUCAAUCACCUGGAUAAGACGACUACUUGGCACGACCCUCGACUUUCACAGCUUCAGUCAGCUGCAGCUCAGCAUCCCAUCUCUGGCACUCCGGUCCACGCCCACUCCCUCAGCAACCCAGCACCCACCACGCAACCACAGAACAUCAACCCAGAGACAGCCCAGAAGAUGAACACGGGCAUCCUUGGCUUGGCACUACAGCAAAGGCAGGAAAAGGAAAGGCUCAGAUGCAAACAAGGCCUCCCUCCACAAAUCACACAGGAGGCAGGAGGAAGGAACCAGAUGCCUGGUGGGAUGGACCAUGACAGGAACGCACAGACGCUCGUCCCUUCUCUGGAUGUCAGGAUCAGAGCCUCCAACCACGAACCCACACUCAAUGGAGCUCACUCUCGCAACGAGAGCACUGACAGCGGUCUGAGUGUCAGCAGCUUACCCCGCUCAUCGGACCACAUGUUGAGCUCUGUGGAUCACAUGGACACUGGUGACUCCGGCGAGACGUCCUCGAUGACCGUACAGGAGUCGAUGUCUGUGCUCCCGAUGUCUGAGGGGGAGGAGCUAAUGCCUUGCAUCCCCGAGGGUCUCAGUUCAGACCUUCUGAUGGACAUGGAGACCGUUCUCUCCGGGUCACACAUGGACAGAGACAGCCUGCUCACCUGGCUAUAGACACACCCAGCCACAGCCCCAAAUACGGGUUGACAUCAAAUUUUCAUGACAUGACUGAGAAUUCUGGAGAAUCAUUGGCUUCAAUAGUGGUACAGAACAACGUUACUGAGAGAAUAAUAUGCUACUGCUGAAUGAUGGAUCCCUAACACUACUCGCACCCUGAGGAAUGAAAAAACCUGACCCUCGCAGAAGGUGGUAAGCUGCUGGCGUUCUCCUCUUUUUGUGCUCAGUUUUACAAAGCUGCAUGACAGAGCAUCCGUAUUUUCACAACACUCCUUUCUAUCCCGACUUGGGUAAUGGUGUUUGCCGCAAACUUUAAAACACACAGUGUCAGGUCAAUGAAGUCUGGAUGUAGCAGUUAAGGAAAUGUAAAAAGAAAAAGAGACAUGUUCAAAUAACAUAGAAGUCGUUUAAAAUAUAUCAUACCCACAUUGGCCUCUGUUACCUCAUAUAGCUUGUGGCAUAAAAGAGCAACAUCUAGUGCUACUACCUCCUAAGUAGCCUGUAAUUUGUGAUUUUAAUGCUUGUUAAAACAUAACGUCUUAAGAAGCGUCAUGACUAAGAGCAAAUCAUGAAUUAUAGAAAUUAUCUGGAUUAACGCUACAUUGGUUGCAUACAACCAAAAAUCUCUGCUCAAAAUAUUCAAAGCUAACAUUACCAGAGCUGCAUACCACUGCCACCCAGACACAUCAGGGGUAGAGGAUGCACCCUUGUGGAGAGCCAGUAGAUUAAGAACACUCUAAAGAGUUGUCAGUUGAAAUGCUCAGAAGCCAAAAACAGUAUUAAAGCCCUCAUCAGAGUCUGUGUGGAAUAUCUUUGAAGUUUUUUGUACUUAAGUUAAGGAGGUUAAGCUUUAUCUUUGGUCACUUUUAGCCUUCUUGCCUAACAAAUGAUAGCCUGUCAAAACCCUUAAGUUUCAGAAAAAUACCUUUUGGGUACUAAAACUGAAAUAAAAUGUGUAUUUAUGGACCUCUUUUUAGAGAAAGGAAUAUAAAGAAGAUGUCUACAGUGAAUGAACACAUUUUCAGUCUGAUGCAAUCCAACACAAUACAGGGUUUUCCCAGGAAGACUAAUCACGACACAUCCGGUCUUCUGAUUUAUUUAGUUAAUGGACAACUAUAGCCCCACUUUUUCCAUUGAGUUAUAUUGAAUGUGUUAAUUAUAUUACAUUAGCCCAACUCCAUGCUAAUACCCUGCAACAGCCUUGCUAUAAAAUGGCUUUUUUGAAGUUACUAAUACCCAGGUUUUGUUAAUACUGUCUUAGUUGUUUUUUUAGUUUUAUUGGAUUGCAUUUUAUUAAGUGUUAGUCAUUUUUUCCCCUCCAGCUUUGAAUAUAAGCUUCACAAAGGUAGUAUUUAUUGGAGAUUUGUUUUAUUGAAUUGCAUGAUAUUGUACAGUUGUGAUAUUAUUAUGUUCGCCCCUUUUAAGAAAUGAUGCCACAGAGUUGCCAUCCUUUCUCUCUUCUUGGUGUGCAGCAGAGAUUUUAGCUUGACUUCUAAACUGGCCCUGGACCUUAAAUGAAAAGUAUUCAAUUUAUCCAUUUUCUCCACUUUUCCCACUAUUGGCUGAAUACAUUCCUAAUAAUUUCCUUUUCAUCAAAUCUUAAACAUGUAUUUAUUCAGUGGCAUCAUAGAUUUGUUAUUCCCACAGAAACACAUUCUCCUCACAUAGCUCCUUAACUAUAAAUCUUACCAUAUAUAUUUCCGAAAUCAAUUAGCAGGCUCUUGAAACUUAUGUAAGUUCUAUAUCUGUCACUGUCUUUUUUUACAUACGUUGCAUCUAUGAUCACAGUAUCACCAUCUCUUUCUUAAAAAACACAAUUUAUCAUCACCCUGAGUUGAGAGAGAAAUAUAAAUAUAGUACUGCAUUACCCUAUUCAGAAUAUUUUACAGCAAAUACAAUAUUUAAUUUUCACCCAUUAGCAGGCUCUUGAAACUUACGGUUAAAUGGAAUAUCAGAAAAACACAGUAGACUCAAAACCCUUCAUCUCUUCAUAAUUAUGUUUAACCCUAACUUAAAGGUCAUCUGGUACUGAAUUUCACAACAGAAGAAAGUUUCAAGAACCUGUAAAGAGAUGUUCUCUAUUAUAUGUACACAAUUAGAUGCCUGGAACAAUAGAAGAAACGCAUUCAAGUUUCUAAAGCAGAUCAACAUAGUUUACUCAAUACAGUGAUGUGCAGGAUUUGUUGUAAUGCACAAAAACAUGCAAAAUCCAUGUUAGAAUACUUUUUACAUAAUCCUGUCAGGGCCAUGAAGAUAUUAUUUUAUUGUCUGUGUGUGCAUGUUUUCCACUCUUAAAGAGCUGUUUUGUAAGUGAGAACGGGGAAAAUA